UCACUGUCAGCAAACAUAAGAUAGAACAGUCCGGUGGUAGACUUGCUGUGGUGUUCUUUACCAUCUUGUUCUUAAUUUGAGAGAUUGCUAUCGACCACGGACUUUGUUUAUUUUCCUUCAGAGCUGCGUUUCUCAAAUUCAUUUGCUAAAAGGUUGAGCAUCAGCCGGGAGAGUGGAAUAACAACGCCAACCAUUUCUUUAACAUCGCCGCUGGAAACCAACGUAAAAAUUAUGUUUUUUCCGCUGGUGGAAAAGAAAGUAGAUUCCUCAUCAGCGGGCUUCUUGAGAUCUGUAAGCUUCGCUAAAACAGCAGACGCGCCUCGUAUGAAACUAAACACCCGGCAAAUUGAUCCGAGUAAUUUUUUCACGGAUCAGUACGUGUCAAACAAGGCAAAUCCAGAUUAUGAUGAUCACAACGGGCACGUCACCGCAACACGAAACAGUCCAGAACGAAAAAAUACGGUGCAUGCUGCCGAACACGUUUCAAAAAUUUCGGGAAUCAUGUUUGGCAAGAAAACAAACAUAAAAAAAGGAAGUAAGAUCGGGUCUUUGCGUGGCACGACCCAACAGUCUUUUUCAAGUUUGAAAACCGCACGCGACACGAGAUCAAGCGGUUUAGCGCAGCAAUCUGAUAAAUUAAAUGGGACAGUUCACAGUUUACCUUCACCCAAGUUGGAAACGAGGGAGACGUUGCCAAGACAUUCUGUUAACGGUAAAGGAGGGAAUAAGAAAAAAACUGCUAAGCCAUCAGAGGUGAAACUCAAGCCUUAUUUGUUACCCCGUGUCGAUCAUUUUCCACAAGCGCCUUUGCACAUAUCAGUGAUACCAAGCCGUGAAGGGCACGCUAGACGAAUUUCACCGCGCUUUUCAGUGGAACAAGGAAAUGAGGAGUCUUCUACUAAGGCUUCAAGAACAGACAUGGCUCAUAGUCCAAGAAAACCGAAAUAUCUUGGAGUAAAGGUUUCAAGUGGAGCUAAGGAAAGAUCAAAAAGUCCUGGGAAGUUGUCAUCUCCAAAUGUAUCGACCGCGCGUAAGAAAAUCUACAAAUCAAGAGAUGGCUUUGAGGAUGGGGUGGACGACAUGGUGCUGCCAAAAGUGACAAUCAACGAGGUUUUGCAAUCUUGGAACAUAAAUCCACAGAAAACAAGAUCUACCAGUCAUCUGGCCGGAAAAGAUCCAAUGGAAUUUCUUUUAAGAGAUCGUUCACUUUCGGAUGCGAAAAAUCCACCGAUUCCUUACGAAGAACUCCGAGGUUGUCGAUAUUUGCGUACAGAUAAGGACGAUCACGCCCUUCACGGCAAGUUAUGUUCUUGUAAUUCGUGUGAACACGGGGAAGGGCUAAAAAAAUCGCCAUAUUUGAAUUCAUAGAAGAUAUCAUAGUGUAUCAGUUAUAUCUACUCGAGGUAAUAUUUAUAUCCUCUUGAUCUACUCAACCAUAACAGGGUCAGCAACAUCAGCACAAUUUAUCGCCGCUAUGAAAGUCACGGUUCUGACCGUCAAAUUAAAGAAAUACUUUGAAGUGGCUCCUUUGUUCAAUAUGUGAGAGCAAUAUCCACGCAUCUCUAGCCGUUGCGAGGUCGCUUAUAAAUAUUUACCGAUUACAUGUGAGGCAUACAUCCGUUGGUUAAUCACUACGGAACAUUUCGUCAAAAUUUUGAAUUUAAUUAACUUAUACUUAAAACAAAAUAACGAAGUCAAGUUUUAUUUCCCUAAAGCCUUCAAUUUUGCUGAAUCAUUAAAAGGCAUAACGAAGAUGGUCAUAUUGUAUCAUGAUAUUGCACUAUCGAAUACAAAUGCAUGCUAAGACGAGUCGCAAGUAUGUAGUUUAACUUACAAACAGUGGGUCUAAUAAAAUCGGUAUUUACCAGUU